CUUUCUGCUAUCCCAUGACUCUUCGUCCUCCUCAUUCAGAUCCAAAAACAGCAUUAACAACGAUAAGGACCCACCAUGCUAGCCCUGAACCCUGCCGUCUUUCUUCUCCUACUCGUCACCCUCUUUCUCUCCGCCAUUUCCACAUCGGGGUUUGGCUCACUGGGUCCCAUCUCCGCCGCGUUUGGAGACAACAGGUUCUUUUGCGCCAUUGAUGCAAGCGGCAAGCAGGAGGUUAUAUGUUGGGGGAAGAACAGUAGUUCUUUGUCACCAUCAUCGCCGUCAUCUUCAUCCUCUGCUUUCUCUGGCGAAGUUCCCGCGAUGGCAGCUCUGUCCGGCGGUGAAGGGUUCCUUUGUGGCAUUUUGGCGAACACCUCGCAGGCGUUUUGUUGGAGCUCAGUGGGGUCAGGUAAAGAUCUUGUCCCUUCCAUUUAUCAGACUACUGCUUAUUCCCAUAUUGCCGCUGGGAAGAAUCAUGUCUGUGCCAUUAGAGGCUCUUAUUAUUCUAAUCACGAUUCUGGUAUUGUUGAUUGUUGGGAAAUUGAAACCAGUUCUAACAAUAGCUUGAGAUCAAGACAGAGUGGUCUAUACUAUGAUCUAUCUGUCAAUAAUUUUGUGUUCAAAAGGAUUGUUUCAGGUGAGGGAUUUAGCUGUGGUGGGGUUAGAGAUGGAGGGCUUGUUUGUUGGGGCCCAAAUUCUACAACUUUGGGGGUUUCCAAUGUUUUUGAAAAUUUUGUUGCUUUAGCUUCAGGAAGAGGUUCUAUUUGUGGGAUUUCUAAUUUGUCUGCGGAGGUCAAGUGUUGGGGAAACAAUGAUUCAUUUUCAGCUCCUCCUUCUGGGAUCAAGUUUGUGUCACUCACUGCUGGUGCUCACCAUUUUUGUGGGAUCAGGAAGGAUGAUCAUGGGGUGGAGUGUUGGGGGAACUUAAAUUUUUCUUCGGUUCCAAAGGGCUCUGGGUUUGUGGCGAUUGCUUCAUCGGACUAUACCACAUGUGGUAUCAGGGAAAAUGACCUGGUUCUUGAUUGCUGGUUUACUAGUGGCUCUGUGCCACCUGAUUAUAAUCCACCAUUGGAAUUGUGCAGUCCUGGCCUUUGUUGUCCUGCUUCCUGUCGUGAAGAUCAGUAUGCUUUCAAUGCUAGCAGUCUCAGUGAGCCGGAUUUGACAAACUUAUGUGUUAGAAAAGAUUUAAAGAUUUGUUCACCUUGUGGAUCAAAUUGUACUGAGGGUUUCUUCUUGUCUAGUCCAUGUACUGCAAAUGCUGAUAGAAUAUGCACUGCUUGCUCACUUUGCCAGAACAGCUCUUGUUGGAAUGUUUGUGGGAUUAAGUCAUCUCCAGGGAAGUACUGGCAUCGAUGGCAUAGAUUCAUUGUCAUAAUUGGAUCUUCAGCUUCAGGCACUCUAUUGAUAUUACUUGGCUGGUGUCUUCUUCCACGAGUGUUCUCUCCUAAAAAAGAAGAAAGGACCAAGAAACAGUUUAAGUCUUGCAUAGGCAAGCCAGAGUUGGAUACACAUGCCCCCCCGUAUUCUCUUCCUCCUCUAACUGUAUCCCCAUGUCCCGGGACAGCUCAGAUUUUCAGAUUGUCAGAGCUGAAAGAUGCCACUAAUGGGUUUAAGGAGUUCAAUGAGCUUGGUAGGGGCAGUUACGGAUUUGUUUACAAAGCUGUCUUGACGGAUGGGAGGCAAGUUGCAGUCAAGAGGGCUAACGCAGCCACGAUAAUCCACAAGAACAGCCGUGAAUUUGAAAUGGAAUUGGAAAUCCUUUGCAGUGUCAGGCAUAGCAAUAUUGUGAAUUUGUUAGGUUAUUGCUCCGAGAUGGGGGAGAGGCUGCUGGUUUACGAGUAUAUGCCCCAUGGAACGCUCCAUGACCACCUUCAUGGAGGUCUUUCUCCUCUAAAUUGGAGCCUUAGGCUGAAGAUCUCAAUGCAGGCUGCAAAGGGUCUUGAGUACCUCCACAAGGAAAUUGUCCCUCCAGUUGUUCAUGGGGAUGUCAAAAGUUCAAACAUCCUUUUGGACUCGGAUUGGGGAGCACGAAUAGCAGAUUUCGGGCUUCUUCCAUCAAGUGAGAGGGAUCUUACUGGAGACAUGAAGAAUGAUGUUUAUGGCGUUGGGAUUGUGUUACUGGAAAUUCUCAGCGGAAGAAAAUCUUAUGACAUAGAGUAUACACCUCCCAGCAUAGUUGAAUGGGCAGUGCCCUUGAUUGAGAAGGGCAAGGCCGCAGCCAUAAUUGAUGGUAAUGUUGCUCUUCCAAGAAAUGUUGAGCCAUUGCUUAAACUAGCAGUUAUUGCAGAAUUGGCUGUCAGAGAGAACCCCAGCGAGCGUCCUUCUAUGUCAGAUCUGGCAACUUCAUUGCAGCAGCUUGUGAAGGAUGGAUUGAUCUUGUAAUCUUCAAUUUGGGUCCUGAAAUUUUUAAGCAAAGCAAAAGGAUGGGUUAGCAUUGCAGAUAUCAGAGCUUUCCAAGUGAAUAUUAGCUAAUUUCGCAACUGUACAUUUGAUAUGAGCUUUGUGUACAUGAGAUGCAAUUAUGUUAAAUCUGAGUCAUUGUGAAGGAAAUAAUCUUCUUGUAUGAUGAGAUUUUUAUCCAUUUAACUGUAAUGCAAUAGUUUUUGAGCGCUACAAAUAAACUGUUUAGAAAAUC